AGUGUCAUCUCUGUACAUGACUCUGCUGCUUUGAAAAAAAAACACAAAAAUUGAAUUUUCGUGCGAUAAAAUAAUAUAGUUUUUGUGUGAAACGCAACGAAAGGUAAUAAAUAAACACAAUGCCUGCUGAAAACCUCGAAGAGCAGGGUUUGGAGAAGAACCCAAACCUGGAGCUGACCCAGACAAAGUUUUUGCUGACUUUGGCCGAGUACAAACAAGAUGUGGCUCUGAAGGCGAAACUUUUGGACGCCAUACGGGCCGAUAAUAUGGCUCCAUGGUACGAACAUAUCUGCACGGAGCUCGGCUGGACAGCGGACAAGGAUCUGCUGGCGCGCAUGAAGGAGAACAACCGCGUGGAGAUCGAGCAACUGGAUGCGUCCAUCGAGGAUGCCGACAAGAAUCUGGGCGAAAUGGAGGUUCGCGAGGCGAACCUGAAGAAGUCUGAGUAUUUGUGCCGCAUCGGUGACAAAGCCGCUGCCGAGACAGCGUUCCGCAAGACAUACGAGAAGACCGUCUCCCUGGGCCAUCGCCUGGACAUUGUGUUCCACCUCAUCCGCUUGGGACUGUUCUAUUUGGAUCACGACCUAAUCACACGCAACAUCGACAAGGCAAAAUACCUGAUUGAGGAAGGCGGCGACUGGGAUCGCCGCAAUCGUCUGAAGGUGUACCAGGGUGUAUAUUCCGUUGCCGUGCGCGACUUCAAGGCGGCGGCCACAUUCUUCCUGGACACCGUGAGCACCUUCACCUCGUACGAGCUGAUGGACUACCCCACAUUUGUGCGCUACACCGUGUACGUUUCCAUGAUAGCCCUGCCGCGCAACGAGCUGCGCGACAAAGUCAUCAAGGGCUCGGAGAUUCAGGAGGUUCUGCACGGCCUGCCCGAUGUCAAGCAGUUCCUCUUCUCGCUGUACAACUGUCAGUAUGAGAGUUUCUACGUACAUUUGGCUGUGGUCGAGAAGCAGCUGCGUUCCGACUACCUCAUCCACCCCCACUACCGCUACUACGUGCGCGAGAUGCGCAUCCUUGGGUACACCCAACUGCUGGAGUCCUAUCGCUCCCUUACGCUGCAGUACAUGGCCGAGUCUUUUGGAGUCACUGUGGACUACAUCGACCAGGAGCUGGCACGCUUCAUCGCCGCUGGUAGGCUGCAUGCCAAGGUGGAUCGCGUGGGCGGCAUUGUGGAGACGAAUCGUCCGGACAACAAGAAUUGGCAGUACCAAGCCACCAUCAAGCAGGGCGAUCUGCUGCUCAAUCGCAUCCAGAAGCUGAGUCGCGUGAUAAAUAUUUAAUUAGGAUGUAGAGCCGUCGAUGUUUAUAUAAAAAAGUUUUAUUAAAAUUCAACAUUUAUUACAGUGUAAAACUAACGUAACGUACAAUAAAAACGAUAAAAAAUUCAUGUAUACGCGCGCGCGCGCGUUUGCUGGAAAUUCACUAAUAAAUUGUACGUUUACAUAUGUA